AUGAUGUUCCCCAGCCUCAUCGCUCCCCCCGCCGUCUACCCCAGCCUCCUGCGGCCCCCUCCCACCCUCACCUUACGGAUUCCCUGCCUGACUUUGCCCUCCCGGCUGCCGCUUUGCCGGCAAAAGCACCGCAGCAGAAAAACUUCCCCUGCGUUACUUCAGAGCGUCCCUCCAAAGACUUUCUCCUUUCCGUACUUCGAAGGAUCCUUCCAGCCCUUUAUCCGAUCUUCCUAUUUCCCAGCCACCUCUGCCGUGGUCCCCAUCCCUGGCACCUUCUCCUGGCCGCUGGCCGCCCGCGGGAAGCCCCGCCGGGGCAUGUUGCGCCGCGCGGUCUUCUCCGACGUGCAGCGCAAAGCGCUGGAGAAGAUGUUCCAGAAGCAGAAAUACAUCAGCAAACCUGACAGGAAGAAGCUGGCAGCCAAGCUGGGCCUCAAGGACUCGCAGGUGAAGAUCUGGUUCCAGAACAGGAGGAUGAAGUGGAGGAAUUCCAAAGAAAGGGAGCUCCUCUCUUCUGGUGGCUGCAGAGAACAGACCCUACCCACCAAGUUCAACCCUCACCCAGACCUUAGUGAUGUAGGCAAGAAAUGUUCAGGAGAGGAUGAGGAGGAGGAAGUUCCCCCUGUGUGCCCACCCAGCCCUCGGCAUCCCUUAACCUACCACCAGUCCCCAGAACAUCUACACUUGAGGGACAGACUAGACUCCCAGAUGUCUCCUUCACCAUCCCAUUCUAGCAGCCCUGGCAAACCUUCAGACUUCUCAGACUCAGAGGAAGAGGAUGAUGAUGGGGAAGAUGAAGAGGAGGAGAUAACAGUCUCUUAG